GGGACCCCUGCUGCUGGAUCUGGAUGCAGCAGCGGCUGCACAGUAAGAGGGGGAAAAGGGAGCGCUGCAGAGUUUUUGUCUUUCUGGCUGUGUUGCGCCGUGCAGUCAGCUCCCGGUGCCCCCACUGACAGCCCAAGAUUGAUGGAUAGGACUGUGCAUCGCACAAAACAUCAAUUCUGUCCUGCUUUCUCUUUCAUUCUGAGCCUCGCAUCCUCAUCACUCCUCCCUUAUCCCCCCCCACCACCACCCUCGUCUAGCUCCCUCUCCCUCCCUCUCUCCCCUACUGAUGCUGCUCCAGGUCCCACGCCGGUUCCUCUCUUCCUCACUAGUUUCCACAAGGCACCUUUAAAGCCGACAGAGAGCAUGCUGUGAGGCAGCAAGGCAGCAAGGCGAGCGGAUUGCUAUUUUCGUGAAAGCCUUUUUUUUUUCUGUCUGGCAGGGUGCGUGAGAGCCGGGGAGCUGGACUGGACUGUGGUAUUCCGUGGGAGAGGAGGUGGACGGGGAGCAGAGGGGAGAAGUGAGGUGCGGGUCGGACAGAUGGAGGACGGUGGUACCCAGCACUUGGGAUGCUGCGUGGUUGACAUGAAAGAGCUGAGCGCCGACCCUGAAGGACUGAGUGCUGCCGCCGGGACUAUACCUGCGAAGCUGCAGCAGUUGGAGUUCAGCAUUGCCUGUAAUGAUCUGCCGGCCUCGGGCAGAGACAGGAAGCCCAAUGCUUUGGUCCAGGUGGCUGUCAUAGAUCCCCAGAGGCAGCAGCUCGUCUUCCAUGCCUGCACAGAAAUAGUGGAGGCAAACAAAGACCCGCUGUUUCUGACGGGAGUGACCUUCCCUUCAGAGUAUCCUGACAGCCAAGACGCGCUGGUCAAACUGACUGUGUAUGAUGCAAAACACAAGAGCCAAGAAUCAGUGACUGGCGAGAGCAGCUGAGUCCUCUGGUGAGCAGACUAAAGGAGUGUGUGUUGGAGGUGGUGGAGAAAGCAAAGAGAGCAAUGACCUUCGUCCUCCUGCAGGAGGCAGCGUGCAGCAUACCUCAAGGCUUUCACCUGCAGCAGAGGAGAGACGUAGUCUUCAGUCAGGCACUGGCAGCGCUGGCGUGUGGCUUUGUGAUGAGGUUGUACGCAGGCUUGCAGGACAAAGACUUCCUGAGGCAACUCCACCUUGUUGGCCUGGUGGCACAGUUUGAGAGCCUGCUGAGUACUUACAGUGAAGAGAUCGGGAUGCUGGAGGACAUGGAGGUUGGAAUCUCUGACCUGCAGAAAGUCGUUUUCAAGAUCACAGAGGCCAAAACGGACGACCUCAGUGAGCUGCAGCCUUCAGUUUGUGGCCGACGAAACCACUUCACUGUCGAAGUGCCAUUACCACAAGUGAUUUUUCAGACCUUGCCAGAGGAGAUCAAGGAGGGCAAGCCUCUGCGAGUUUUCCCUGUGCUGUUUAACGUGGGCAUCAACGAGCAACAAACUAUAGCAGAGAGGUUUGGAGACAUCUCUCUGCAAGAAAGAAUAAACCAGAAGAACUUUGAGAUUUUAGAAGCCUAUUAUAAAACAUUAAGAGAAAAGGUGCCGCUAGAAUGUCUACCAUGUUUUCAGACACAGGCUGACAUUAAGGAAUUACUUGAAACGCUGGGCCAGAAUGUAGUUACAAAGAAGAGGAAGAAUGUGGAAAUACUGUGGAUUGCUGGAACUAUUUGCCGAAGGUUGAACGGAAUCCGGUUUACCAGCUGUAAAAGUGCCAAAGACCGAACAUCCAUGUCUGUCACCUUAGAGCAGUGCGCCCUCCUGAGGGAUGAGCACCAGCUCAGCAAGGACUUCUUCGUGCGAGCUCUGGACUGCAUGCGAAGAGAAGGAUGUCGGAUUGAGAACGUUCAAAAGAAUAUUAGAUGCAGGAAAUACGCCUUCAACAUGUUGCAGCUGAUGGCCUUCCCCAAAUGCUACCGACCUCCAGACGGGACCUACGGAAAAGUUGAUUCCUGAGGACAUGUGGCAUGCAGUGUGUAAAUAAAUACUCUUUUUUUGUUAUCCAGCAAAUAAAUAUAAAUGCUUAUAAAUAAGAAUGACUAGGUAGAGUGUUUUGUUGUUGAACUUGUAUUUAUAUAAGCAGGGUACAAUUAUUACCUAGAAAGGAAUCUAGAUUUGACAAACAUGUUGCUUUUAAAGCAAAUGCACUUUUAACGUUUAUGCUCCAUUUCCCACGGCCCUGGUGGCCAUUCAGAGCACUAUGCCACGUAUAUCUGUGUCUGUGUGUGUUUGUGUAGAUGAAAAUUAUUUUUUUUACACCAUUCACCAUUCUGAUGCUCAACAAUGGCUAGAUCUGCAUAUUUUUUCUAUUGUUGUUUUUGUUGUAUAAACUCAAGAAAAAAUCGCCUCAUUUAAAAACAAAGAGUUUGAUCAUGUUUUAUGAAGCUGUUUUAUAAAGAUUGUUAUAAUAUGGACAUGUAGCUUUAAGUAUGCAUAUUUGGCAUAGUUAUCUGUUUUUUAUAUAAUACAUAGAUCAUAAUUUAUGCCACUUGUAUUAUCUAUAUAUAUUUUUUUAUUCAUCUGUUUAAAACGACUUCAUUUUAGAUGAUAGUGACUGUAAACUAUAUCUGUGUUGUAGCUGGAUUACUGUUGGUCAUUUUUUACAAAUGCAAACUUGUUACAAUUUUGUUAUUGAGUCAGAAUAAUAUAAACAAGGAAAUAAGAAUCUUUUUAAUCCUUUUAAUAAAAAAUGCUUUCAACAAGGAA